UGCAGUGACUGCUCAGUAGAGACUCUGGAAUGUGCUCUUGGUGGCUGAUGCCAUGUAGGCACUGUGAGGAAGGCAUGGCACUUAGAGAAGAGGCAAGCAGAAGUGUUGCAGGAAUUGGCUCCACCCAGGGGUGAAGGAUGCCACUCUGGGUGUUCUUUGUGAUCCUCACCCUCACCAGUGGCUCCCACUGCUCACUGCCCACCUCACUGCCCUUCAGGAUGAGGCGAUAUGCAGAUGCCAUCUUCACCAACAGCUACAGGAAAGUUCUGGGCCAGCUGUCUGCCCGUAAACUGCUCCAGGACAUCAUGAGCAGGCAGCAGGGGGAGAGGAACCAGGAACAAGGAACCAGAGUACGGCUUGGCCGGCAGGUGGACAGCAUGUGGGCAGACCACAGGCAGGUGGCGCUGGAGAGCCUCUUGGUAGCCCUGCUGCAGAAGCACAGCAGGGACUCCCAAGGAUGAAGCCUUCAGCAGAGGCUUGGGCCACCCGUACCCCAAACACAACCUGGACCCAGUUACUUCCACUUCAGUUUUGACUUUCUCCUUCCUCUGUAAAUACAAUAAA